AUUCUUAUCCUCUCACGAUUCCGAGAGCUGGACUCGGAGAGAGAGAGAUGGCGGCGAGCCUCGCGGGAUCGCAAUGGUUUCGAAUUUGGGCAUUUCCAGCGGCCUCGGCGCCGCUCCUCCGUUGUAAACCAUGCCUUUUGGUUCGCCGGAGAAGCCUAUCGGUAUCGGCUUCUGCCGUCACGGGCCCCGCCGAUGGGGAAGUCCGUGUCCGUUUUGCUCCCUCGCCGACGGGGAACCUUCACGUUGGUGGCGCUAGGACGGCUCUCUUCAACUACCUCUUCGCGAGGUCCAAAGGUGGGAAGUUUAUCCUCAGAAUUGAAGACACUGACUUGGAGAGAUCUACAAGGAAGUCAGAGGAAGCAAUGCUGAAUGAUCUUUCCUGGCUUGGUCUUGAUUGGGACGAAGGCCCUGGUGCUGGUGGGGAGUAUGGUCCUUAUCGCCAGUCAGAGCGCAAUUCUCUUUAUAAGCAAUAUGCUGAGAAAUUAUUGAAUUCUGGCCAUGUCUAUCGAUGCUUUUGUUCUAGUGAGGAAUUAGAACAAAUGAAAGAAACUGCAAAACAAAUGCAGCUGCCUCCAGUAUACACAGGAAAGUGGGCAACUGCUUCUGAUGAGGAAGUGCAAAAGGAGCUAGAGAAAGGAACACCUUACACAUAUCGUUUUCGUGUCCCCAAGGAAGGCAGACUGAAGAUUGAAGAUAUCAUCCGUGGUGAAGUCAGUUGGGGCUUGGACACACUUGGUGACUUUGUGAUUUUGAGAAGCAAUGGUCAGCCUGUCUAUAAUUUCUGUGUCACUGUUGAUGAUGCCACCAUGCAUAUAUCACAUGUUAUCAGAGCAGAAGAACAUUUGCCAAACACCUUACGGCAAGCACUUAUAUACAACGCCCUUGGAUUUCCAAUGCCUUCUUUUGCACAUGUUUCACUGAUUCUAGCUCCUGAUAGAAGCAAGCUAUCAAAACGUCAUGGGGCAACUUCAGUUGGACAGUUCAGGGAGAUGGGAUAUUUGCCACAGGCAAUGGUCAACUAUCUAGCACUCUUAGGUUGGGGUGAUGGUACAGAAAAUGAAUUUUUCACCAUCGAUCAACUUGUGGAGAAGUUUUCUAUUGAUCGUGUCAAUAAGAGUGGAGCAGUCUUUGAUUCAGCAAAGUUGAGGUGGAUGAAUGGCCAGCACUUGAGAGCUCUUCCAUCGGAGGAAUUGGUUAAGAUUAUAGGAGAACGGUGGAAAACUGCAGGGAUUCUCUUAGAAUCUGAAGGGAUGUUUGUAAAGGAAGCCACUGAAUUAUUGAAGGAUGGGAUUGACUUGGUUACUGAUGCUGAUAAAGUUAUGUCAAACUUGCUAUCUUAUCCAUUAAACUCUACUUUAACUAGUGCUGAAGGAAAACCUGUUCUAGAAGACAAACUCCCUGAGGUCGCCUCGAGUUUGAUUGCUGCUUAUGACAGUGGAGAACUUCGUAAAGCACUAGAGGAAGGUCAUGCUGGUUGGCAAAAAUGGGUGAAGAGCUUUGGCAAGUUGCUGAAACGCAAGGGAAAAUCUCUGUUUAUGCCUCUUCGAGUAUUAUUGACCGGGAAGCUCCACGGCCCGGACAUGGGAGGCAGUAUUCUUCUGAUAUACAAGGCCGGAAUCAAUGGAGAUAUCGUCAAUCCUCAAAUCGGUUUUGUUACAUUAGAUGAGAGAUUCAGAACGCUCAAGGAACUGGACUGGGAGGCAUUGAAAGCACUACAGGAAGCACAACCAGAGCCUGCUGCCACUGCAUUCCAUUGAAUUAAUAGAAUCCUAUUUGCCAAUUCUUGUUUUAUGAGAAUUUCUUUUUAAAUUAUUCCUUUUUAUUUAAAAGGAAUUUUGUGUUCUUGAUGAUGUAUUUCUGUGUAUUACCCAAGCAUUAUUAUAUAUUCACCAAACAAUGCUUCUCUUCAUAAUAAAUCCG